UCCGCCAACACUUGUGGGUUCUGCCGCUCUCGGAGUCACUGCUACUCUCUGAGGCCUAACUCGUUGCCUAGGCAACAGGCUCCCGGCAGCCCCUGCGGCCCGGAGUCCAUCCCACCUCCUCCGGGUUGGCGGGGCUGAAGAGUCCUGAGGGGCUGCCGCGGGAGCCUGCAGGUUUCCCUAGAUGACAGAUAAACAUUCAUACCGUCUGAAGAACAUCUGUGGAACCCUUGACCAUGGCAUCAGUAUCAGAGCCUGUAACAUUCCGAGAAUUCUGCCCUUUGUACUAUCUCCUCAAUGCCAUCCCCACAAAGAUCCAGAGAGGCUUUCGCUCUGUUGUGGUCUACCUCACAGCCCUGGAUACCAACGGGGACUACAUUGCAGUGGGCAGCAGCAUUGGCAUGCUCUACCUGUACUGCCGGCACCUCAACCAGAUGAAGAAGUACAACUUCGAAGGGAAGAUAGAGUCUAUCACUGUGGUGAAGCUGUUGAGCUGCUUUGAUGACCUCGUUGCAGCAGGCACUGCCUCUGGGAGGGUUGCAGUUUUCCAGCUUGUGUCUUCAUUGCCAGGGAGGAACAAGCAGCUGCGGAGAUUUGAUGUUACUGGUGUUCAUAAGACCAGCAUUACAGCUCUGGCGUGGAGCCCCAAUGGGAUGAAGCUGUUCUCUGGAGAUGACAAAGGGAAGAUCGUCUACUCUUCUCUAGAUCUAGACCAGGGUAUCUGCAACUCACACCUUGUGUUAGAAGAGCCAUCCUCCAUUGUGCAGCUGGACUACAGCCAGAAAGUGCUGCUCGUGUCCACCUUGCAGAGAAGCCUGCUCUUUUACACAGAGGAGAAGGCUGUCAAGCAGAUUGGAUCCCAACCAAGGAAAAGUACUGGGAAAUUUGGUGCUUGUUUUAUACCAGGACUGUGUAAGCAAAGCGAUCUAACCCUGUAUGCGGCCCGGCCUGGGCUCCGGCUGUGGAAGGCUGAUGUCCAUGGGACCGUUCAAGCCACAUAUAUCCUCAAGGAUGUCUUUGCUGGCGGAGUCACACCUUUUGAGCUCUACCCUCGUCUGGAGCCCUCUGAUGGGGGAAGCUGCAGCUCACCUGAGAAACAUCUGGGGCUCGUUUCCUGCUUCUUCCGAGAAGGCUGGGUGUUGAGCUGGAAUGAGUACAGUAUCUAUCUUCUGGACACCGUCAAUCAGGCCACAGUUGCUGGUUUGGAAGGACUGGGUGAUAUUGUGUCUGUUUCCUGCACAGAAAACGAAAUAUUUUUCCUAAAGGGGGAUAGGAACAUUAUAAGGAUUUCAAGCAGACCUGAAGGACUCACAUCCAUAGUGAGAGACGGUCCAGAGAUGACGAGAUGCUCCGAGCAAGUCCAUGGACAGCAUCUGGAGAAGGCACUGGGGGCCGCUGUUUGUGAGACAAGGCUUCGAGGCUCUUCUGUGGCCAGUUCUGUGGCCAGUGAGCAACGGAGCAGGAGCAGUUCACUCAACUCCACGGACAGUGGCUCUGGACUACUGUUUCCUGGACUUCAGGCUGCCCCUGAGCUGGGCCAGAGUGGUCAGCCAUUUUCACAGAGAUUCAGUGUCAUCAGCUCUGAAGACUUUGACCAGGAGCUUAUUGUGAAACCCAUCAAAGUGAAGAAGAAGAGGAGGAAGAGAAAGACAGAAGGUGGAAGCAAGAGCACCUGCCCCAGUUCCCUCGAGUCAACCCCCUGCUCCGAGCUCCCUGCUGACAGCCCCCAGUCCCUGAACACAGAUCUCUUGUCCAUGACCUCAAGUGCUCUGGGCAGUAGUGUGGAUCAGCUGAGCACAGAGUCUCCAGAGCAGGAGAGCAACCCUGGGGGUGAGGUGAAUGGAAUCACACAGGAAAACAGUGGCCCUGAAGCAUUCCAUGUCCUGGAGCUGCCUGCCCCUGCCCCUGCCCCUGCCCUGGCGGAUGAAGAAAACUACACUGGGAAGGAAGCGUCCCAGUGUGGCCACACACAGGACACAUACCUGCUUAGUGGAAUGCCUACUUUACCCUUGCAGCCAGAGGAGGAUGUGGGAGGUGCUAACUUCAUCUCAGGCCUUGACGAGCAGCCUGGUCCUGCUGAUGAUGCAGCAGUACAUACAGAGUUCUGCCUGCAGGGACAGAACAGCUCUGCUGAGGAGCAGGAGGCUGACACCUUGGAGUUCAGUGACCCCCAGAGCACGUUUUCUGAAGCCCCUCUUCUGGACUCGAGUAUGCUGCCUUCCAGCCUCAGCUGGCCCCCAGGCGCUGAGCAGUGGCUGCCUGGGAUUGGAGUCUAUGACGUCAUCACUGAGGAAGUCGGCCCAGAAGCAGACAUCCUGACCCAUGUGGAGGUCCCUAGCCACCUGAGCUCAAAUCCUUGGCAUUUACUAACUGACAGUAACACAGGUCAGAAGGAAAAACCCACUUUUCAAUGUGACAUGGGAAAUGUGGAAGGAGAGGUGACUCCUCUUGCCUCUGCCUCACUGGCCAGCACCCAUGCACAUUGGCUGGACCAACCUUUCCAGGAUCAGGCAGUGACAUCCAGUGACGAGGAAGACAUUUAUGCCCACGGACUCCCAUCUUCAUCCUCAGAGACAAGUGUCACAGAGCUUGGAGCUGGUCGCUCUCUGCAGGACCUGAACCAACCAGGUGCUGAGGAAACCACCCUGCUCAAGGCAGAUCAGUUUGCAGAGAGCUGGAUGGGCUACUCGGGUCCUGGCUAUGGCAUCCUCAGCUUGGCGGUCUCGGAAAAGUUUCUCUGGUGCCUGGACUACAAAGGUGGCCUGUUCUGCAGUCCCCUGCCUGGGGCAGGGCUGCGCUGGCAGAGGUUUGAAGAUGCUGUCCAGCAGAUGGCAGUCUCUCCCUCAGGGGCUCUUCUCUGGAAGAUUGAACAGAAAUCUAACCGUGCUUUCGCUUGUGGCAAAGUCACCAUCAAGGGGAAGCGGCACUGGUACGAGGCUCUGCCCCAGGCUGUGUUCGUGGCCCUGAGUGAUGACACAGCCUGGAUCAUCAGGACCAAUGGAGAUCUAUACCUUCAGACAGGUCUCAGUGUGGAUCGGCCCUGUGCCCGAGCCGUGAAGGUUGACUGUCCAUACCCACUCUCCCAGAUCGCAGCCCGGAACAGUGUGGUGUGGGCACUGACAGAGCAGAGGGCCCUCCUGUACCGGGAGGGUGUGAGCAGCUUCUGUCCUGAGGGGGAGCAGUGGAAGUGUGACAUUGUCAGUGAAAGGCAAACUCUGGAGCCUGUCUGCAUAACUCUCGGGGAUCAACACACACUCUGGGCCCUGGACAUUCAUGGGAAGCUGUGGUUCAGAACUGGCGUGGUUCCCAAAAAGCCCCAAGGAGAUGAUGAGCACUGGUGGCAGGUGAGCAUCACGGACUAUGUGGUGUUUGACCAGUGCAGCUUGUUCCAGACCAUCAUGCAUGCCACACACUCAGUAGCCACAGCAGCCCAAGCCCCUGUUGAAAAGGUCGCAGACAAACUGCGCAUGGCGUUUUGGUCUCAGCAGCUUCAGUGCCAGCCCAGCCUACUAGGGGUUAACAAGAGUGGUGUGUGGAUCUCCUCAGGGAAGAAUGAAUUCCAUGUUGCUAAAGGAAGUCUCAUAGGAACUUACUGGAAUACCGUUGUUCCCCGGGGAACAGCUUCUGCCACAAAAUGGGCUUUUGUGUUGGCUUCUCCUGCUCCCACCCAGGAUGGAAGCUCCUUAUGGCUAUGCCAGAGCAGCAAGGACCUGUGUGUCAUCAGUUCCCAGAGUGUACAGAGCCGCCCCUCCACAGUGCAGCUGCCCCCCGAUGCAGAGAUGAGAACUUAUGCUGCCUGCCAGGAUGCACUAUGGGCCUUGGACAGCCUUGGACAGGUGUUCAUCAGGACACUUUCCAAGAGCUGCCCCACAGGCAUGCACUGGACGAAACUGGACCUUUCCCAGCUAGGAACUGUGAGACUGACCAGCUUGGCAUGUGGAAAUCAGCAUAUCUGGGCCUGUGACUCCAAGGGUGGGGUUUUCUUCCGGGUUGGAACCCAGCCUCUGAAUCCGAGCUUGAUGCUUCCAGCCUGGAUCAUGAUUGAGCCACCUGUCCAGCUUGCUGGGGUCACUUUGGUCAGCGUCCAUUCUAGCCCCAAUGACCAGAUGUUGUGGGCCCUGGAUAGCAGAUGGAAUGUGCAUGUGCGAACUGGAAUCACUGAGGAGAUGCCCGUGGGGACAGAUUGGGAGCAUGUGCCAGGAUUGCAGGCCUGCCAGUUGGCACUGAGCACCAGGACCGUGUGGGCCCGCUGUCCAAAUGGUGACCUUGCCCGCCGCUAUGGCAUCACAGACAAAAAUCCUGCUGGGGACUACUGGAAGAAAAUUCCAGGAAGUGUGUCCUGUUUCACAGUGACCUCAUCAGAUGAGCUGUGGGCAGUGGGCUCCUCUGGCUGUCUCCUUCAGCGACUGACAAAGACAUUCAGCCAUUCACACAACCCCCAGAACAGCCAGGCAGCCAGCUCCCACCCUGAGGAGCUGGAGGAGGAGUGGGAGGUCAUUUGAAGGAGCCCAGGCGGCCAGUGGAGAAAGAAGUUCUGUGAUGGAGGCUGCUAUCUCCCAGUGGCUCAUGUAUGGACAUGCCUCAUCCACCAGGCAGGACACCCCACACUUGCUUUCAUCUGUAUUUGUUUUGGUCUCAUUACAGAUCUCACAGCCUUAGCUAUGUGCUCGGAACUGUUGCUGUAGGAGCAGCACCUUUGACAUUUUGCCAAGUGGAAACAUCUUGACAUCUGCAAGUGGGAACAGUGGCUGCUGAUCAGUUGCAUGCACUAGUGCACCACAGUAAAUUCUCAUCAGCAGCUACGUAGCCUGGUGUGAUCCAAGAGGGACACCACCAGAGGCAGAUGACUCAAAGCCAGAAGAGUUGGGCACAUGUCCAUACCAGAACCCCAGACCAAAUGGCCUGCAGAUCAGAGCUUGCAGCCACUGGAUGUAUUUGGUGACGGUAUUGACUUUAUCACAGGGGUCCCACACUUCUCUCCUAGAGAUACAGGCCACAGUGCACAUCCCACACCUGACAUUCCAGGUGGGAAAGCACCCAUGUGGGAUGGGGUAUGGGGCUGUGCCGGGUUACAUGCACACACCCUAGCCGCCUCAUGCUGCCCACACUCAGGGUAGCUGCCCACCCCCUGCCCACCUCAGCCAACACAAGAGCCAAUGGGUGCAGACAGAGCACAGGUGCCCACAUGGUCCAUGUAGUCCAGCACAGGGGUGCUGAGCCAAUCUAGAGACAUCUUUGGAACGACAUUUGACUAGUAUGCUUGUAGGCAUCCUAAAGCCAGGCUCUUCCUCAAAAGAUGGAUCUAGUAAUUGCCUUUUUGUUUGUUAUGUCACAAACCUGAAUAAGAUACCUCACUUAAAAUCAAAUCUCACAAAUUUAGAAGGUAAAUGUAUCUUCUGAAAACAGUGAAGGUCUUUUGUUCCUUCAUGAGGUCCAUCCUAAGCCCACCUUGUCUUGGCUAUAGCUUUGCAGGGUGGCCAUCCCGUAUCAUGUCCUCAACCCAAGAGUAGGCAGUGUCUGCAGCGGGUAUAGCACUGACUCCCCAGUAGCUGGUAGAGCACAGUGCCUCUGCUCACAGCUGCCAUGUCCCAUCGCAGUGGUUGGGACAGAGCAUCGGAGCUUCAAAGGCAGGCUACCCACCGUGUCCUUCCUUGAGCCUGCUGCCCACCCCACCCACCAGGUCCCUGCCACUGCUCCAGACUGGCUGCUUUUUCAGUCCGCCUGGUCCAGGCAGUUACUUGAUGUCUGUUUUCUACUAAGCACAUGUCAGGGCCCCAGCAGUAAUGAUGCAAAGGCUUCCAGGUCUCUGGGAGCCUUGACUGGAUUUCAUUUUAUAGACUCCUUUUUAAGAGUUCAGUGACGGCAGAGGCAGCCCCGAAUGGGCUGAUGUCUUCUGUGAAUGGUGUGCCUUGCCUGGCUCCUCACAAUGGCAGCACUCCCUAAGCCCACGGGACGACAGUGCAAUUAAGCCCAAGUGACGUGGACACUGACUAGUCUCAGCUUCAGUGCUUUGGGCGAUUGUCGUUUGGGUUUAAGUCUUAGCUGUGCUGAGAUCAUGCAGUCCUACUUUACUUUGAGUCUGCUGAGUAAGCUUGGAGGCCUGCAGGAAGCCCAGUAGCCCAGCCCCACUACAACAGCGCCACUGGGUGGUUUGAAGCAGCUGGCGCAGAUGACGGUACAGUGGGCAGCGCCAUUCCACAGCAACACACACCCCCUGGCAGUCCUAGAGACAGUACCCCAAAGAAGGCAGUCUCAAGACACUCUUUUGUUGUUGUUUUGAGUAAGUCUUUUGUAGCCCAGGUUGGCCUCCAGUUCACCAUGUAGCUAGCCAAGGAUGGCCUUUGCUGAUCUUCCUGCCUCCACCUUUUAAAGUUCUGGAUUAUGUACACCACCAUGUCCUGCUAAAGACGUCAGAUUCCAUACAAACAAGUCUAAGAGUAUAGCUCUUUCAGAAUCUCCAUUGGGGUGUUUCUCUUGGAGAGACGGGAAUUGUUAAAAUCAUGACGGUAUGUACCCACAGACAUCCCACAUUACUGCUCAGGUCUCUCAGUCCCUUCUCUGGAGCCCGGGAAGGAGAAUAUGGUUAGUCUGUGAGCCUCAGGUUGGGUACCUCAUUCACAGUUACAAUGAACGUGCACCAGGACCCUGCCCCAGCAAGGGCCAGCAUGCCAGGUACACCCAGACCAUGGCAGGGCCUCCACCCCAGGCAGCCCCAUCAGUCAGUAUCUCAGCAUUCCAUGGGCAUCGCAGCGGGAGGGAGCCAGCAGCUGCUGUGCCCACUGCUUCCACUUAGCACGGAAAGCCUGCCUUUGCUUUAUACCCAGACGAUGGGACAGCCACAGAAAACCCAUAUGGAGAUUUUACUUAUUCAAAAUGUAGAGCCUGUAAAUCAGAAAUCCUGUGUGGGGUUGGGAUGUGGCUUAGUGAUGGAAGACAGAUUAAGAUCCCCACCUAUGUGGACGCUAAGUGUGCCUGCAAUCCCAGCACUCUGGAAGCUGAGCCAGGAUUGUUAUAAGUUCCAGACCAGCCUGGACCACAAAGAUCCUGUCUCAAAAAAACCUGAAUUUAAGAGUAAACAGAGAAGAAGUCAUGAUUGCCACAACAUUAGCAUCCAUGUUGAACUUGUCCAAACCAGUAGGAACAAAUGCAACACAAAGAUGGACAAAGGAGGAGAAGGGGUGACUCACAGAAACGUCCUCCAGUGGGAAGCCCCAAAGGCACAGCCCUCCAUGAAAGCCUCUGAUGGUCCUCAGUCCAAAAGCCUAACACUAAAAGUGCCGUCUCUGAAAAUUAGUCAAGAACAAAACUGAGCUGUGUGUCUAGCAGUGAUCCAGGCCUUACCUAGCAUGCAGUCCCGGCCUCAGUCCCCAGAAUGGCAGCAAAUGAAACCAGAGGGUGCCACUGCCUUUAUGAGCUUGAACACAGGCCUGUAAUGCCACAGAAAGGAUGUCAGCAGAGCGUGCUGUGGGGUCGCACAGGCGAUCUUGGGGCAGUGUGAAACUCUUCCGGCCUGUCAGUACAGUGCAGUUUACAAAUAGAGAGCGCUGCGUGGUGGGCCAGUGUGUGCUGUACUCUUCAGGAGAGGCAGAGAGACAAGGUCUCACGUGGGACAAACGGCUGGCCAGCGAGUGUUUCCAAGCCUGUCUUUUUUUAAUCCUUUGAAUGUUGAGCCAUGUAAAUGUAUUAUUUAUUUCAAAACUAAAUAAAAUGUAUAUGUAGAAACUCAAUUCUCUUAAUUUUGCAGUAUUAACAGUAUUUGAGU